AAAAGUUGUCUCCAGAAGCUGGUCAUGUGUCUGAAAUUUCUAGGACAGCCUGUCCUGGAAAAAAAUUGCCUGAAGUAAAUACACCAUCUAUACCUCAAAUCAUUCCAGCUAAAGCAGAUGAUAAUAAUCUCACAGAUCUCAAGAAGGAAGAUUUCUGUGGUGGUGAGGUGUUGAUUGCAAAUGUAUU